CCAGCGAAGGGCGGAGCUUUCCUGCUCCACCUCGGGUGGCCCAGAGGUCUCUGGGAAAUAGGAAGUGAAGGGCUUAAUGAGGGCCAGCGUGUGUAGUGUAUACCUUGGAUUCUAAUUCUAAAGAGUCUGACCCUUGUAGCUCUUUAGCCCGCCCACUGUGUUUCCCAAGGAGCAUCCUGGUCACAGCACCUGGUGAAUGGAUAAGUCGGCCCAGGGAAGAGAAAGGAAAGAAGUCUUCCCACCUGGGAUCCUUCUCCCUCCUCAGCAUAGCCUACAGAGGACCAAAGUCUGGCCCCAAGCAGGGAGCCUGGAAUCAGAGGGAAUGGUCCCUGGCAGCCAUAGACCCUACCCCAGAGAUUGCUCUGACUUUCGGAAGGCAGCUUUGUGGGUGUAGGACUCAGAUCUAAGCCAGGACGUGUAUCAGGACUGUCUUCUUCUGACUGCCCUUGCCAUUGUGUCUUAUUCUCUUCUGACUUCAUGGUUGGAGUCACUGUCCUGGGAUGCACGGCCAGGGCCCUGGUAACUCCUCCACCUUUGUAAAUACUUGUAGGCCAGCCUCCUGCCUGGGAGAAGGGAAAGAUAACUUCCUUCCUGGGAUCUUCUCCCUCCCCAGUUCUUUCUUCAGAAGACCAUAGCCAGCCCUAAAACAAGGAGCCUAGAGUCUGAGAGAAUGGCACCUGGAAGUCACAGGCCCCUAUUCCAGGCAUGAUAAGAGAAGAAAAAGAAAUUGAAGGAAUCAGAAUGGGCAAAGAGGAGUUGGUGAGGUUCAAAGAUGUAUCUGUGGAUUUCACCCAAGAGGAGUGGCAUCUCUUGGACCAUUCUCAGAAAGAGCUGUACAAGGAUGUCAUGUUGGAGAAUGCUCAGAACUUGCUCUCCUUGGGGCUUCCAGUUCCCAGUGAAUAUUUGAUCUCUUUUGAGCAAGAAGGUCUGAGGAACUCCUGUCCAGAUACCAGGUCUGAUGUAAAAAAGGCUGCUGCAAAGCUGAAAAUGACCUCAUGGAAUGGCUGUUAUCAGUAUAGCCAAUACAGGGCUAGUCUUGAGCAACAGGAGAUAAUCCACACCAGAGAGAAGCCUCAUAAAUGUAAUCAGUGUGGAAAGACUUUCACCAGGAGUUCUGGCCUUGCUCGACACGAGAGAAUCCACACUGGAGAGAAACCUUAUGCGUGUCAUCAGUGUGGAAAGACUUUCACGAGGAGCUCUGGUCUUGCUCAACAUCAGAAAAUCCACACUGGAGAGAAACCUUAUGCAUGUCAUCAAUGUGGAAAGGCUUUCAGGUUCCACUCCAGUCUUUGUACUCAUCAGAUUGUACACAGAAAAGUGAAAUAUUAUGAAUGUAAUCAUUGUGAAAAGGCUUUCAGAAGGAGAAACAGUCUUGCUGAACAUCAGAGAAUCCACACUGGAGAGAACCUUCAUGAAUGUAAUCAGUGUGGAAAGAUUUUCACACGUAGCUACAAUCUUGCUGUACAUGAGAGAGUCCACACCGGAGAGAAACCUUUUGAAUGUAAUUAUUGUGGAAAGACUUUAAGUUGCAGCUAUAAACUUGCUGAACAUCAGAGAAUCCACACUGGAGAGAAACCUUAUAAAUGUAAUCAGUGUGGAAAAGCCUUCUCACACAGUUACAGCCUUCCUAUACAUCGGAGAAUCCAUACCGGAGAGAAACCUUAUAAAUGUAAUCACUGUGACUUGGCGUUUAGAUGUCCAUCCAAUCUUUAUAAACAUCAGCUAAGCCAUAGUUCAGUGAAACUUUAUGAAUGUAGUCAGUGUGGAAAGGCUUUCACUCAGCGUUCCAGUCUUACUCAUCAUCAGAGAAUCCAUGCUGGAGAGAAAUCUUUUAAGUGUCUGGAGUGUGGUAAAGGUUUUAAUGUAAAGGCUUACCUUACUAAACAUCAGAGAAUCCAUUCUAGAAGGAAAAUGUCAUUACUAUAAUCAGUGUGGAAAAUUACUUUGGCUAAAUUAAUCUCUUAUUUCCUAUCAAAGAAGUAUGUAAAGGCAUUUAAAUGAAGUAUCGAGCUUUGUUAGACUUCAAAAAUUUCAUCUUGGGAACGAGCCCUAUAUUGAUUCAAUGUGGGAAGGCCUCCGGCCAGAGAUCCCUUACUUUGCAUUAGAGGAUUCAUAGUGGGGGAGAACAUGGCCAGUCAGGACCUGCCUGUCAUUGGAAGAUGGAUGUCACUAGACAUCACAACAUUGGCACUAGAAACAAAGCUUUAUAGAAGAAGUAAUUAUGGGAACGUCUUCACAUAGAGGCCAUACUUAGAUACACUUGGGGGAGAUCUUGCUGGAGAUAAAAACUUUUUUUAACCCUUACUUUCUGUCUUAGACUCUGUAUUAAGUAUUGGUUCCAAGACAGGAAUGCUAAGGGCUAGGUAAUUGGGGUUAAGUGACUUGCCCAGGGUCACAAAGGAAGUGUCUGCGACCAUAUUUAAACCCUACUUCCCAUCUCUAGGCCUAGCUCAAUCCACUCAGACUCACCAUGCUGAUGUCUGUCUUCCAUUUUGCAGCCCCAUAAUCCAUUCCAGACUCAUGUUUCAUUACCAUAUUGUUUUAUUUGUAAGCUGUUAUGCUUUCGCUCACUUCACUUUAAUUCAUGCAUCCUUCCAGGUUUCUCAGCAACCUCAUCAUCAUUUCUUGCAGCACAUCAUAUUACAUCGCAUUCAUGGAAAUGACAGAUGUUUGAGGGAAUUUAUUUUCCUUGACUACAUAUUAGUUUCAGGUGUCACGGGGAGGUCAGGUCAGUAGGGGAAAAAGGAAUGUUAUUUUAACAAUUAAAAAGCAAGCCUGUAUUUUGGAAUUAUGUAAUAAUUAAAGAUUAAUUCACUAUUGAUGAGGUUGUGAAGCUCAAACUAAUAGCCUUUGACUCAGUGAUAUCACUAGAGUGUGUGUUUAUUCCCUUAAAGUCAGAGGAACAAGCCCCAGGUAUGUAAAAUAGCUCCUAUUAAAGCAAAUGGAAACUAAGAUAUGGUGUUCUACUACUGUGGGACAAUAGCCGAACAAAUACUGAUACAUGAAUGAAAUCCAAUUAUGUCAUCACAAAGAUAGGCAAUUUCAUUGAACACUCAGAAGAAUCCUAUGAAGCAGUGGAGAGUGAACUGAAUAGCAUUCAGAGAAUAAUUAUUUAUAAUUACAAUAUUGCUAAAGACUAAGAACUUUGAGAGAUGUCACAACUGAUCAUUAAAAUGACCACUAUUCCACAGGAUUUAAAAGAUCUGCUGUUUCCAGACCCAAAGGUGAUGGAUUCAAGAUGUUAAAUAAAGAGUACAUUUUGGGA